GUUUUUAUUCCCUCGKGAAGACUGGGGCGGGCUUUUUCCCCUCAGGAUCUUGAGAUCCCUGCGCUCCUUCCCCCGCCCCCCGGCAGGGGAGACGGGCGGCCGCCGUACCUGGCGCCCUCUGCCCGGGAGGAGCCGCCCCGGCCCCGACGGCACCGGAGCCGAGCAGGAUAUAGACUUUGGCUCUACUUUUCACAACUGCGUGAAGCUAGAAACCUGAACGGAUGCCKGUGCCACCGCCACCUCCACCUCCUCCUCCUCCACCACCUCCACCACCUUCUGGAGGGCCCCCUCCACCACCACCUGCUGGAGGGCCACCUCCACCACCACCACUGACAAGCUCAGAGAUACCAAAAUUGCGAAAGGAAGACCAAAAAGCACGAAAUGCACUCUUGGCUGAUAUCCAGCAGGGAACUCGCCUGAGGAAAGUGACUCAAAUCAACGACCGCAGUGCACCACAGAUCGAAAAGCCCAAAGGAGCUAACAAAGAUGGAGUUAACUCAGCUGGUAAUAAAGGUGGCUGUCAGCAGCCUCUGGGAGGUUUAUUUGCUGGUGGUUUUCCUGUUCUCAGACCAGCAGGCCAGCGGGACAUGACAGCAGGGCGGCCUGGGCAGCUCUCCGGAGCCCGAGCAGCAGCCCCCAGACCCUCCACCCCGGCGAGCAGCGGCGCUGCCAAGGCGAGCAGCAAUCCCUCGCAGCCGGCCGAAGCUCCAAGGGCGGCUGUCCCACCGGAGCCCCCCGGCACCUCCCGAGCCGCAGCAGGAGCAGGAUCCGGAGCCGGCCCGGGGCGGCCCAGCCUGCCCGCCCCGCCUCCACCGCCCCCCGCUGCCAGCAAGCCUUCCCUCACCUUCCCUCCUCCUCCGUCCGUGCCCCCUCCGGCCGAUCGCCCUGCCAAGGGGGUGACCCCCGGCGCUGCCCCUCCGCCCCCGCCCCCGCUGCCGCCCCCUCAGGCACCCUCCAAGCUUCAAGCAGGCGCUUCGCACCCGCCCCCUCCUCCUCCUCCUCCUCCCCCGCUGCCCCCCGUGCUCCCCUCCGGGCUGCCGGGCAGGGUCGCCGAGCUCUGUGCGGCCGCCGCUCCCGCAGCCGAAGGGAGGGAUUGUCCCCCGCCCGCGCCGCCGCCGCCGCCCCCUCCGCCGCCACACGCCCACGGCCUGCCCCCGAACAGGCUCUCCUUUCCCCCCUCCCCGGCCUGCAGCGGGGCUGACGUGCCCCCUCCGCUGCCCCCCAAGUCUCCCCACUUGCUGUCACAGUUCCAUAAGCCAAGCAACAUCCAGUCGCUGCCGCUCCCACCCACCCCCGGCCAYCCUCAGCCCGCAGCCGCGGGGGAGACCAGGAAGAAGAGACCCGGCCGAGGCGCAGGAACUGGUGCUGGGAAGCUGGUCACACCUCCACAGCCACCAGCAAGAUCCCCAACAACUGAACUUACGAGCAAGUCUGGAGUCUCGGCCUGGGCUACAGCUCAUGACCCCUACACAUCACUUAAAAAUGGAAACAUGCACAUCAUUGAUGACUUCGAAUCUAAAUUUACUUUCCAUUCUGUGGAAGAUUUCCCCCCACCUGACGAAUUCAAACCAUUUCAGAAAACAUAUCCCAGCAAGAUACCCAGAGAUCCCUCUAAAAUUCCUCCAUUACGAACACACGUGAGAUGAGAAGAGUCUUCUGAUGCUCUCUGGACUAGUAUUGAAAAAGAARAUCAAGAUACUACAUAAAACAGAAGGGGUCCCCAUUGCAUUGAUCGACUGUACUUGAGUUGCAAGUACUGCAAUGUUAACAUUUCUAUAAACUGGAAAAACAAUAUAAAUUGAACUGACCUACAUACUACAGGGAUGUUAGUACAGGCUUUUAAAUAAUUGUAUAUAGGUGGAUAUUUUUAAAGCAAAGCAGCACAAAAUUUAAAUUCUUUGUAAUGUUGAAACAAUUCUCAUUGUUAUUGUGCUGACAAUGUUACCUCAAAAUGUUUUGUGCUACAUGCCUGUUGUUCUUUUUUCCCCUUCCAUCAUAAUUUUUGGAAAUUCUUCAGUUAUUAUUCAGACAUUUUCUCAAUGAACUGYCAAACUAACAUGCUAUCUUUAGUCUGGUUUUAUGUUUCUUCACUUCUUCUAUUCUGCCUGUCCUCAGACUGCAGCAGGAUGUCACUUCGAUGAAGAGAWGGGCCCACAAUCCUUUCCUCAUAAAGAGGAGAUGCCAAGGAGCCGUGGCUGCUAUUGAGCCAACCUMCUAAUGAUUACAGAUCCUUAUAGGAUAGUGUCUGAAGAAGUCCAGCUGGGUAGGGUAGUCAUGGACUUGACAAAGAUGACAGAACCUUUCCAAAGUGGAGGAAAAGGAAGUUGCUCCGUUGUAAGCAAGCAAAAGAAAUGGUGUGUGUGAAUACACAUGCUGUGAUGUGUGCAUGUAAGGACACGUGUCCUGUCUUUUCCUGCUGGCAAAGGGGAUAUUUACCAUUGCUGUGACAGAUUGCCUCUACCCAGCAAUUACAAGGCCUUUGGAURAGGGGUCCUAAACCUACAUUUUAAACAGGCAACUAGAGCUACUACUAUUGACCAGUAGUGAGGAUUCAUUGUCCAAAAUACACCACGUGAAACACUCAGCCCCUAAAGUGRUUGUUGUCUCAAAAAGAGUUGGCUGAGAAAAGUAACAACCUAGGAGCAGACAAGACUUGAACUUCUGCUUUUAAUAUUCAGACCUUGGGUAAGGUCACAGAUGUUCAGAUCUGGUCCUAAGAUGUCUAUUUCUAGCAA